GGGCCUCCUGCUCCGCCAGAUGGAUUCGUUCCAGAUAACGAGUUGUUCCAGAAGGAGCAAGUGGAUCCUCUCCAGUUAAAACUGCAACAAGUCAAUGGAGUCGGUCAAGGACUCAUCCAAAGCGCCGGGAAAAACUGUGACGUCCAAGGGCUGGAGCAUGACAUGGAAGAGAUCAACACGCGCUGGAACACCCUCAACAAGAAGGUGGCCCAAAGGGUUGCUCAGCUGCAAGAGGCUCUGUUGCACUGCGGGAAGUUCCAGGACGCCCUGGAGCCGCUGCUGAGCUGGCUGGCCGACACCGAGGAGCUCAUCUCCAACCAGAAACCUCCCUCGGCCGAGUACAAGGUGGUGAAAGCCCAGAUCCAGGAGCAGAAACUCCUCCAGCGCCUCCUGGAAGAUCGCAAAGCCACCGUUGAGAUGAUCCAAGCGGAGGGCGAAAGCGGAGGGCGGCCGGAUCGCGCAGUCGGCCGAGCCGGCGGAUCGGGAGAAGAUCAUCGGGCAGCUGGAGAGCCUGGAGCAGCGCUGGGCAGGGCUGCUGGGCCAGGCGGCCGGCAGGCAGAAGCAGCUGGAGGAUAUCUUGGUCCUGGCCAAACAGUUCCACGAAACCACGGAGCCCGUGGUGGACUGGCUGGCGGUGACGGAGAAGAAGUUGGCCAACUCAGAGCCCAUCGGUACCCAGACCGCCAAGAUCCAGCAGCAGAUCAGCCGCCACAAGAGGAAGAGAUAGAGAGCCACGCGGCCGGCGUCUCUCGGGCGGUCGGUGUCGGGCAGUCCCUCUCCUCCCUGAGCUGUGCCGCCGAGCGCAGGCUGCUGGCAGAGAAGCUGGAGUCUCUGCGGAGCCGCUACGGCGAGGUCCGCGAGCGGUGCUGCCGGAAGGCAGCGCUGCUGGAUCAUUAUCCGUAA